GAAAGAUCAUACACAAAAGGAUCAUCUCUCUCCUCCCUCUAUUCAUGUAUAUUUUCUGCACUUGCAGCUCACAGACAACGAGAGUAAUACAGUGCGGAGUCAUGACUUGAACGCGGGUCAUGGCGUAUGUUAAUGUGGCCGAAUGGAAAACAGAUCAAGUUUGUGAAUGGUUGAAAGGUCUGGAUAAUUCUGUCCUACCGUACGUGCACAGUUUUUCCAAUCACAAUGUAAAUGGCCAGCAAUUGCUCAAUUUAAGACCCGAGGAUUUGGAUCAUCUCGGCGUAUUGAAACUUGGUCAUCAAGAGACAAUUCUCGAGGCCGUUGAGUACUUGAGAAAUUUUCACUAUGAAUUGGAUCGGGAAAAUUUGCAAUUACUCUCGUUGCGAUUGUCGUGUCUCACGCACAGUUUAUUCAAUGAAUUAUCGAGACAAACGGAUUUGCAGCCGGUGUCGACGCAAACACUGGCCGAUGUGGCGACAAUUAUCACUGCGGUGAAGCCACUUGUCUGCUGGCUGGAUCGUCCGCCAUUCAGUGGACAGCUCGAGUACAAUGAUAAAAAAACGGAAUUGCUCAAACUCUCAUUGGAAAUGGCGACGUGCGCUCAAAGGGAUCGUUUCGCUGAGAAGCCAAUUGAAGAAAUACGCACGACGUGUGGACAAAUGGCUAAAUUGGCCGAUUAUAUUGUACAAGAUAUUGCCGAUCCAAUGAUAUUGCAACCGGCGAGUUUGGAUUUGGCGACGUUGAAAAAACGACCUGGCGACGAUUUGGGUUUUUGUAUUCUCCCGUCAUUUCAUGGAGCUCAUCAAAUUGCCGAGAUUAAAUUCGGAUCGGCUGCUCAUCAAUGUGGAAAAAUGGAAGAGGGCGACGAAAUUGUUCAGGUCAAUUAUCAAACGGUCGUAGGUUGGGAGCGUAAAAACGUACUGGAAUUAUUUCGCGAGAGUCCAGCGGAAGUUCUCCUCACCUUAAAACGUCGACCUCGUCACACAAAAGUCUACGGUCAAAUUUACAUAAAACCAUAUCGUCUACCAAGCAAUAAAAAAACUCCCUACGCAUCACGUUGGCAUCACAAUCUUCCAUCGCCACGUCCCGAAUUAUUAACAAUCCCCGAUUUUCAAAUGCCCCUUCCAAAGCACACUCCCAAAGAAAAUUCCCUUCAUCAUCAUCAAGAUGUGCCCACAAUGAUCGACACCGUCGACAUGAUGCUCGACACAAUAACAACCGACAGCAGCAACGAUUCCGAUUCCGAAAUCGAAUCCCCCUCAUCGGUUCGUCUCUAUUUGGCCAAGCCUCGCAACACAGUUCAGAGACGCGCGACAAUAACGGGCGCGAGUCCAACGACAAAGCACAGCAUCGACAUCGAGCGUUUCUGGCGAGAAUUGAAGCAGGAGCACAAUUCGACUUUUCAACUUAGGGACAAGGCCGCAUCUUGCGCUCACGGUUUGAAUCAAGUACAAUCGAGACCACAAACUUGUCUCGGAAUCGAACAGCAGCGAACUUUGAAAAGUAGAAAUUCUUCCGUAUUCUCGAACGACGAGGAAAAAAUUCCCAACGACAGGGAGACGACAAUUGUUGCAGAUUGUGAUAGUAAAGUGCCUUUAGAGAAGAAAUCAAGUCGUGGCGAAUUGGAAAAAUGUCACAGUACGCCAGCUUAUGAUUUUUUAAUUGAGAACAAGAAGAAUUUACAAUUUCCCGAUUCGUCGGAGGUGAAAAUUGUCAUUGGCAGUGUUGUGCAGAAAAUUAAUAAUUUCGAGAAGCAUUUGAUUCGAUCGAACGAGAAGAUUUAUUGCGAGAGAGGCGAAAAAAGCGAGAGGAGCGAGAGGAGCGAAAAAAGGGAAAAAAUCCUUUCGAUAGAGGAAAAAUAUUCACCGCCUAAAGUUCCGGCGAAAAAGUCGCCUCGCGGUUUAUUGAGCGAGAGAGUGUUUUGUGACGAGGGGGGAAAAAUAAUCGAAGGCGACGAGAGGGAAAGAAGGCAGGAGAGGGAAAAAAGGGAGAAAAGAGAGAAAAAUGAGGAGAAACGAGAGAAGAGCGAGGAGAAGGAGAAUAGAGAGAGAAAGGAGCGAAGAAAGAGAAAGGAGGGGGAAAAAUUGGAGAAAUACGAGAAAUACGAGGAAAAUUGGGAGAGGAACGAAGAAAAAUGGGGAACGAACGAAGAAAAGAGAAUAAAAGGGGAGAAAUGGGCGAGGAACGAGGAAAAAAGAGCGACAGAAGAAAAAUGGUCGAGGAACGAGGAAAAAAGAGCGAAAGAAGAAAAAUGGGCGAGGAACGAGGAAAAAUGGGCGAAAAACGAAGAAGAAAGAGUAAAAGAAGAAAACUGGGGGAAGAACGAAGAAAAAAGGGGGAAGAAUGAAGAAAAGAGAGUAAAAGAAGAAAAAUGGGGGAAAAGCGAAGAAAAACAGGAAAAAGAAGGAAAAAUUGAGAAUUUUGAAGAAAAACAAGUGAAAAGAAUGGGAAAAAUGGAGCAAAAUGAGGAAAAACUGGAGAAAGGUGAAGAAAGAAGGAAAGGUGAAGAAAGACAGAUAAGUGAAGAAAGAAGGAUAAGUGAAGAAAAACUGGGAAAAAGCGAAGAAAGAAGAGACGAAGAGGAAAAUUGGGGGAGAAAUGAAGAAAGAAGAGCGAAAGACGAAGAAAUAGAGAGAAAUGAAGAAAAUUGGAGGAAAAGAAGAGGAAUAAUGGAGAAAAGUGAAGAAGAAGAGAAAAGAGGGGGAAGAAUUAGCAGAAAUUACGAACAAGAGAAACGAAUCGGAAAAAUGGAGAAAAAAGACGAGAAACUAGAGAAAAGGAGAGAAAAAUGGGCGAACAACGAAGAAGAAAGAGUGAAUGAAGAAAAAAUGGUGAAAAGUGAAGAAAAAAGAGUGAAAAGUGAAGAAAAAGUGAUGAAAAUUGACGAAAAAGUGGCUAAAAGCGAAGAAAAACGAGUGAACGAAGAAAAAAUGGUGAAAAGUGAAGGAAAAGUGGUUAAAAAUGAGGAAAAAAGAGUGAAAGAAGAAAAAGUGGCUAAAAGUGAAGAAAGAAGAGUGAAAGAAGAUAAAAUUGAGAGAAACGAAGAAAGACGAACGAAAGAAGAAAAAUUCUCCAGAAACGAAUCAAAUUUCGAAAAAAGUGAAGAAAGAAGAGCGAAGGAAGAAAAAUUCCCUAGAAAUGAAGCAAAUUUCGAGAGAAGUGAAGAAAGAAGAGCGAAAGAAGAAAAAUUCCCUAGAAACGAACCAAAUUUCGAGAGAAGUGAAGAAAGAAGAGCGAAGGAAGAAAAAUUCCCCAGAAACGAACCAAAAUUCGAAAAAAUCGAAGAAAAAAGAGCGAAAGAGGGAAAAUUCUCCAACGCUGAGAAAAACGGUGCGAAAGAAGAGAAAUUCUCGAAAAAUGAAGAAAGAAGAGCGAAAGAAGAGAAAUUCUUGAGAAACGAACUAAAUUUUGAGAGAAAUGAAGAAAGAAGAGCGAAAGAGGAAAAAUUCUCGAGAAACGAACCAAGUUUCGAAAAAAUCGAAGAAAAAAGAGCGAAGGAAGAAAAAUUCCCUAGAAACGAAACAAAUUUCGAGAGAAGUGAAGAAAGAAGAGCGAAGGAAGAAAAAUUCCCUAGAAAUGAAGUAAAUUUCGAGAGAAGUGAAGAAAGAAGAGCGAAGGAAGAAAAAUUCUUGAGAAACGAAGUAAAUUUCGAGAGAAGUGAAGAAAGAAGAGCGAAGGAAGAAAAAUUCCCUAGAAACGAACCAAAUUUCGAAAAAAUCGAAGAAAAAAGAGCGAAGGAAGAAAAAUUCCCCAGAAACGAAUCAAAUUUCGAAAAAAUCGAAGAAAACAGAGCGAAGGAAGAAAAAUUCCCUAGAAACGAAGCAAAUUUCGAGAGAACUGAAGAAAGAAGAGCGAAGGAAGAAAAAUUCCCCAGAAACGAACCAAAUUUCGAGAGAAGUGAAGAAAGAAGAGCGAAAAGUGAAGAGAAAUUCUCGAAAAACGAAGCGAAUUCGGAGAGAAAUGAAGAAAAAUUGGAGAAAAAUAGAGAAAGAAGGGAGAAAAUGGAGAAAAACGAAGAGAAAACGGAGAGAAGGGAAAAAACGAAACUAGACGUCGAGAGAGACAGAAAACGACCGGAAGUAAAGCCGAGACUCUGUCCACCGGAACCGCCGCCUAGAAAAUAUUUUUCAAAGCCGAAAGUUCCCGAAAGACCGCGAAAGGAUCUACACACAGAGGACGCAAAGUUUUCCGAAACAUUUACCGAUUUCUCCAAUAAAUCGACCGAUUUCUCCAAUAAAUUGACCGAUUUCUCCAAUAAAUCGACCGAUUUCCCCAAUAAAUCUACCGAUUUCGAGGAGAAAUCCCUAAAAUCGUUAAAUUCCACCGCUGGUUCGAUGAAUUCAAGUGGAAAUUCGUCAAAUUCAUUCGAAAACUCAAGAAUUUCGAUCGACAACUCGAAAAACUCGUCGAGAAGUGACAAAAGUUUGAAAAAUCCAAACUCGAUCUGCAACUCAAUGCCAGGAGACUCGACGGAAUUCAUCGAGCAGACUGCGUUAAAUCUCGGCGAAAAAUCCUUUGAAUUCAUCGACGAAUUGCCGGUGAAUUUCGAUUUUAAAAAUUCCACCCUCGACGCUUAUGGUUAUUCGCAGAUUUACGAUUCGCAAGAGGAGAAGAUGACGAGCACCACCGAGCGCUUUAACGAUUCAAGAAUAUCGACUUUGGACUCGAGAACAUCGAAUGAUUCGGCUUCGCGAAUUUUUGAUUCGCGAAUAUCCGAUGAGUCAGCUUCGAGGACUUUGGACUCGCGAACGUCCGAUGAAUCGUCAUCGAGACUGUCGAAUGAAUCGUCAUCGAGGAAUUUCGAUUCCAGGGAUUCCAGGGAUUUGAGAAUUUUGGGUGAAUCGCGACAAUUGGAGUCGAGAAUUUUGGGCGAAUCGCGAACUUUGGACUCGAGAAUGUCAAAUGAAUCGCGAUUGUCUGAUUCUCGUUUCGAUUCGAGAACUUUGGACUCGAGGAUUUAUGAUUCGAGAUUUUCGGGUGAGGCGAGGAAUUUUCCGAGGGAUUCGAGGACACUGGACGCGAGGUUCUCUGAAUCGAGGUUCGAUGGUAGAAGCGAAUCGAGGUUCGAUGGUAGAAACGAAUCGAGAUACGAAGCAAGGAAUGAAUCGUGGAACGAAUCUAGAAACGAAGGAAGAACCGAAUCCAGAAACGAAGGAAGAACCGAUUCGAGAAACGAUUCCAGAAACGAAGGAAGAAGCGAAGGAAGAAGCCAAAAUCUAAGAACCCCGAUCGAGAGUCAACUCCGAAUGGAAAACGCACUACUAGACUCAACAGACGGUGCGGGAUGUUCGCGUCAGCAGGAAAAACCGCGAACCCUCGAAAAAGAUCGGGGAGUAGUGAACCGAGCGAUGAUGGUGGCAAGAAGCAUCGGAUUCAACACCUCAAAGACCCUCACGUCACCGAAAACCUCAAGAAAGCGAAACAUGGCCCUGGCGAAGAGGAGGAACAUCUCCGCGAAGGAACUCACGCCCAACGACCUCGAAGGCUGGUUAAUCUACAGAUCGCGAGGCGCAGGUGGCGCCUGGGCAAAAGCCUGGUUCGUCCUCAAAGGCUCCUCACUGUUCCGCUUCAAGACCCAGGAAAGUCCAAAGGCCGAUUGUCUCAUUGCCCUGGCGGGUUUCACCGCGUCGCAAGCGUCGGAGGUCAAGUCGAGGAAGCACGCCUUCAAGGUCUAUCACACGGGGACUGUGUUCUAUUUCGCUGCCGACACGGACGACUCGCUGCUCACUUGGCUCGACGCCGUCAGUAAGACGACAGUGGGCGCCGACGUCGCCGAUAGAUCGAGUGGUUUGUUCAGUGAGACUGACGAGAGCGAUGGCGAGAGUUGUAGCAGAAAUAGUAAAUUACCGAAUUCCGAGAGUGGAAAGGUGUUUGGUUCGUUGAAAAAGAGUGGAAAAAAGGAGCAGAAUUUACCAACUGGAGCGAGUUUGGAUAGAAAGUAUUUGAAAUUUCUUGGGAAGAGUCAAAAUGUUCCGGUACCGACGGCGCAGUUUAGGAGUUAUCGACGUGUAUUGCCGAGCUCGACGCCUAGAAAACAAGAUUCUAUUUCCAAUUCGCCGGAAUUGCCGGUGACUGUUGCCGGAAGUACUUUUUAUGGUUUAAACGCUUCUCGAAGUGCAAACGAUGUUCCAAGUAGCAGUCAAGAUAUGGGCGAUUAUCGACGCACUUCAGACAGAUUUCCAAGAACGAGAAGAAACGAUGAACUUCAGGGUUUCAUAACUCUCGAGGAAUUUAUGCUCUCGCGUCAGGAUGACGAUCACCAUCAUCAUCAGCAGCAGCAGCAGCAGCAGCUUCAUCAUCAUCAACAGCAACAGCAACAACAACAACAACAACAAAAUCGUGGCACACCAUCGCCACGUUUUACGCCACUAACCAGCGAUCACGUUCACGUUCAACAUCGAACAUUUGACAAUUUAGAGAGCGCGCGAAUGCGCUUCGCUCGCGAUAUUCCAAAUAACAAUGGCGUUAUCUAUGGCUUUCCGAAAAAUUACGACGAAACAUCGUCGACAAGUGGCGGCAGUUCGUACGGAAUGCAAACGCCGAGUCACACAUUCGAACGUCGAGCGAGUGAAAAGACGCGCGAUUCAGAGAGUAAAAAUUCAACGCCAAGAACACUAAAUUGUAUGCGGAAGAAAAAAUCGCCGGAGGAUCCGUAUUAUGACAGUAGACUGGAGCAACAACAACAACAACAACAACUGCAACUGCAACAGCAAAAUAGAACCGGCGCACACGGACAAAUUAAUCCCGCAAAUUAUGGUUGCGAAUUUAUUGGCAAUGAAUUUCGCGUCGAGAGAAAUAAUUCCAUGGAUUUUUGUUCGCGAAGAAUCGCCAAAAAUGAUGUUUACUCUGGAUCGAGUGGCGAUUUAGCGUCACAUUCGACGGACACGUUCAAAGUGCAAAAACCAACUGUGAGUCGAAAUGGAAGUUUCAAUUUGGCGGACUGUCGACGCGACAAGAAUCAUCAUCAUCAUCAGGAGAAGAAAAUGAAUAAAUUUGAGAAAAAUAAAUUGAAACACGUCGGUCAAUAUCAACCGCCACCGAUUCUUAAUACGCCCUUCGAGCAGGAGGGAAUGAGGGCGGCCUUUGAGAUGCAUCUCGAUAAAUCCGAGGAUGUGCAGAAGAAAAAUAAAUUGAAGAAUUUCUUCAGUAAUAAGAGUCCCCAGAAGCCAAGUGCCUUGGAAAUUCCAAAGGAGACGCAGAAAACACUUCUUGGAUCUCCUCGACUUCAUCGGGCAUUGUUUCGCGAUAAAUCAUCAACGCAACCGAAGACAAAGCGAUCGGGAAGUCAAAGUCCCGGCGAUUCAGGAAUAAGUCAGUCUUUGAGUUCCGGAAGUGCAAGUCAGUCACAAACUCUAAGUCAGAGUUACAGUUCCGUAAGUUCAGUUAGCGAUUGGAGUCCCGACACUCCAGCUUCCCAUGGACCAAAGUGUCCAACGGGUCAUCCUGGAUGUCAAAAACGUUCGACGAAUUCGAGGAAUUUCACAUCGCCACCGACACUGCCUUAUAUUCCGCCUCCAACUUCACCGCCGCCUGAUUAUCCUGGCCUUGAAUAUCCACCAGUUUUCGAGCCCGGAACGUAUUCACUAUCGGACGCUUCUUCCAUUUUACGCAGUCGUAAUAAUAAAAAUAGUUAAGAAAAAAAAGAAGAAGAGGAAGAGGAAAGAAAGAACAAAAAAAUAAAAAGUGGAAAAAGAGGGAAAAGAAGAAGUA